GACCGUAAUGACAGUAUGGAGGUUUACAGGCUUAAAGAAUAUUAUUGUUUAACCUCUGCAGGAGCAUGCUUUCUUCUUUCUGUCGUUUAUGUUGCAAGUUUGUAUAUAUGGAACUCCCCACAUAACAGGGACCAUCCAUCCACAAUAAAGAAGAGAUUUUUUAGUGUUUUCGUAAUGAUGUUUAUAUCUCCAUUGUUUUUAUAUUUCUUCUCCCAAGAACACAUUCUUCAAAAGGCUACUUUGUGGCAACUAUUGGGUCUCAGAAUGCAUGGUCUACUUCCUGCUAUUGUUAUUCCAAUGUUUCUUACAAUGGUCCUCUUUCUUGGUCCACUCAGCAUGCAAGGGUUCAGUGGACUGUGGAAAUUGUAUACCGAACCUAUGUACUGGAUGUCAAACUUAACAAACUUAAUCUGGCUUCGUAACUAUGUGGUGGCACCACUCUCUGAAGAAUUCACCUUCAGAGCCUGCAUGUUACCUCUUCUGCUACAGUGUUUCCGACCAAUGACUGCAGUUUUUGUCUGCCCACUGUUUUUUGGAGUAGCCCAUUUUCAUCAUAUGGUAGAACGAAUGAGAAGCGGUUUAGAUCUCAAAAGGGCAUUAAUGAUAUCAUGCUUUCAGUUUUCAUAUACAACCUUGUUUGGUGCCUAUUCAGCAUUUCUGUUUGCAAAAACUGGCCAUUUUGUGGCACCAUUUGCAGCUCAUGCCUUCUGUAACCACAUGGGAUUCCCAGAUUUUGGAGAGAUUCUAACAUAUAAGGACCCUCAGAGAAUGUUGUUGAUGUCAUUGUUUGUUUUUGGAUUGGUAGCUUGGUGUAUCUUGCUUACACCAUUAACAAAUCCUGCAUGGUAUAGCAAUAAUUUGUUUUGGAAGAACCACUGAUACAUAUUCAACUGGGUGUUUCUUUCAUAUGACAGCACUCACUGUUAUGAAAUCAGACAGCAUCCUGUGAUCAAUGCUGAGGGAAAUGGAAUUAGUUUGAUAGUGUCCUAAUGGAAGUAGUAUACUCAUGAAGAUAUUAGAUUUUACUGAAAGUAUUACAAAUGUACAUUCAUCAUAAAAGGGACUACAAAUAGCAGUUAUUAAAAUCACAGUUGAAGAGUUCUAUCUUUGGGAUAUAAUGCGGUGAAGUCCAUUGAUGUCGACUGACAUUUUGGAGGAACAUGUCACCCCCAUCUUCAGGGCCAAAGAAUUAGCCAAGCAAGAAACCAGCCUGAAAGCAGGUGGCAAGCAGAGCUGUUUUUUUGCUUGGCUAAUUCUUUGGCUCUGAUGAUGGAGGUGACACAUUCCUCCAGAACAUAGGUUGACUUUCACUGGACUUCACAGUGUUAUGUCCCAUGGUAAUUUUGAAAUCUGGUAUCUUCAUGAUUGUAUUCUUCCAUUAUGAAAAUAAAAGCUGAUUAAAGUGAUGUAUUAAUAUUUAUAUGAUAAUUUAUUGUUAAAUGCUCUCAUCUCUACAUUUUAUCAUCAUCCAAGCAAAUGUCAAUUACAUUAUUUCACAGAAGUGGGUUUCUCAAUGAAAUAAAUAAUUAAAUAUAGAUGAAACUGGGGAUGACAGACCUUAUAAUUAUGCAUAGAAGAUGACAUUUCAUUUUUGGAAAUGAGUCAGAAAGGGUACUAAUUAAGGAGUGAGGCUUUUGAUUUUAUUUGAAAAGAAUUUUUGACGCUGUUUGCCCACAUAAUGGUGUUCACAUAUUCAUUUAAAUCAAUUUUUUAAGUGUUUAUAUUAACUCACUUUGUUUAUAUAUAUUUAGCCAUAAAGGAAGUAUGUUUUGUUUUUGAUUAUGGAGAAGAGAAAACUCCUUCAGCAGUAUGUUGCAUGUUGUCUAUUCAAUGAACAUUUUAAAUGAACUCUAAAAACCAUUUUUUUUUGUAAUUUUGAUUGCACUGUACAUUUUUUGGGGGGUAUUUCUUAAGUAAAUCUCCAUUAGAGCAGGAUUGAGCAGUUAUUUUUUAUGUGGGGCCCAGAUGGGAAAAUUUGAAGUAAUCCUUGGCCAGGGCAUAGCAAGAAAAAUUCUGUAGUGGAAAACUCGUAACAGCCUCAAUUAGUCACUGGCUGCAUGCAGUUUAUAUGUAUAGGAACAUUUCUUAUUAAUAAUUAAUUUGGAUAUGGCAUCUUAAACCGAUAUUCCUCAGGUGCUCAAACUCAUAGCACACCAAAUCUAAAGUGCGUCUCAUUUGACUUCCUCGUACCCAACUGUAGAUACAGUAAAUGAAUAUAAUAAAUAUACUGUUAUACCAACAAUAUCCAUUUCCAUCAGUAUCUAGACUUAUGUUUUAUAAGAAGUAUUACAAUUAAAUUAUUGUUUGAAAUAUAUAAAUAAAGUGCUGUAUUAAUAAUAUCUCUGUUACCACAGGCUGGACUGAAUUUUUUGGGGGUCAUAAUUUGCUCACCUGUUCUCUGAAGCUUAUAAACCCCAUGUCUUGUAAAUCAGUUUCACUUUUGAAACAUUAAAAGAGAUUUUUUUACAGUUUUUGUGUUAUACCAUGUGGCAGUAACAUCAUAAAUUUAAUUACUGUGCAGUAAGAAAUAUCUACUGAGUAUAAAAAUGUGUAAGGAAUCGUUUCCAAGUCUUUUGAAUCAACAUAAAUGAAAGAAGUUGUUACUGUAUAGCACCUAGGGAUAUGCAAGAGUUUCUCUGCUUUACUGUUCUACUAUUUUAUGGGGAGGCCGUGAAUUUCUGCUACAGCGGAAACUUGAUUAAGUUCACUCUUGGGGUGAGUCAGCAUGCUGGAUUUGAGAGAAGCUAAGCACAGAUAAUCAUCAUGGGUAUACUAAUGAUAUCUUUUUAAUAUGCAGCCCGUACUAAUGUAACUACAAGACAAAAUUCUGCACAACCAAACAAAAUAGGUAGUAAUCAGUCCCAAAUGUAGUGACACUACAACAGAUUCCUACAUAGCAAAUCUUUAUGCUAAUUAGCGGUUUUUGUGGCCUGC